AACAGCGAAGUUGCUACCUUCACUCCCUCUCUCCCUCUAACAAUUUUUAAAGAUUCCAAAUUUCCGAAAACCCAUCGUUUACCGAAUUGACCAGCCAACCCCAAUCUCCAAUCCGGCACCCACGAGUGACCUGACUCCAAUCCCAUUUGCUGGGCUGCUUCCGCGCGCUUCCGCCUUCCCAAAUUCAUCGUUUUCGUCGAGCAAGUCAAGAAGAAGAAGAAGGCACAGCAGCAAUGCCCCAUUUUCUCUUUUUCGUUUCAUUUUCCGGGAAAAGAAAGAGAAUUCUUCGAGAAAAUAAAAAGGGAAAAGAAAAACGGAUGUACUAGUGCUGAGACGAAUAUUUGCUAAAAAAAAAAGCUGUGGCCUUUGACGUACAUGUGAAAUUGUGAAUAUCCAAGUCCUACUGUACACGCUAACCUCUCUUUCUCUCUUCCUUCGUUGGUGCGGCGGUGGUGAAAGAAAGAGGAUCACCAUCAUGACCAUCAUCAUGAUUAUCAUCACCAUCAUCAUGAUUGCAAGAUUUGAAAAAGUCCAACAGCACCAACGCCAUCGACAGCCAUUACCAGCCGCCCACAAAGUAAACGCUUCUUCCCUCCUUUUUUAUUUUUAUUUUUAUUCAUUUUCUCCCCCAUGUCAACGUCACUUGUCUUAACAUAUCCAUUGCUCUCCCUCUCUCUCUCUCGCUCUCUCUGUCCCCUCUCUCUCUCUGGGUGAAUUGCCCAACUGGGUCUUCUUCCUUUGUUUUUCCGCGAUCCCCAAAAACCCAAAUCCCCCCUCUGCACAAUGUACCUAUAGGUAGUAGCUCUCUCUGUCGUAUUUCUUCAAACACCUGGUGGGUGUUCGAGAUUGGUACUGCUUCCGCUGCCGCCUACUAUGAUUCCAAUUGGUUGUGAUUGUGAUAUGAUUGAGUGAGAGAGAGAGAAUCUUCAUGUCUUCUUCUCUUGUUCCGAUGAAGCACGACAAGGAGAAGGAGAAGGUGAAGGUCCCAACAAUACUAACACUGCCAAGCUUUCGUCUUCUCUGCUAUUUGGGUCAAUUGGUUUUCGUCCUUCUUCUUCUUCCUUGCUCUGCCUCUGCUGCCUGCGACGGGCUCGAUCGCGACGCUCUCUUGUCCUUGGCUUUCAAGGCACCGUUGAAUUGGUCUGCUUCCACUGACUGCUGCCUCUGGGAUGGAAUCACCUGCGACCCGGAUGACCAAAGCCACGUUGUCGCGAUUUCGCUUCCAAGGAGAGGCUUAUCCGGCGUCGUCUCUCCGGCCAUCACCAACCUCACCCGGCUCACCCGCCUCGACCUUUCCCACAAUUCCAUCUUGGGUUCUCUCCCAGACGACUUGCUCUCUGCCCUCCCAAGUCUUGAGUUCGUCGACUUGAGCUUCAAUCGUCUCAUCGGCCGUUUCCCACAAUCCUCCAAUCAAAGCAGCCACCUUCAGAUUAUAAACUUGUCCAGCAACUUCUUCAAUGGAACAAUCCCGUCUUCGAUUCUCGUCCCAUCAGUGUCCGUUUUCAAUGUCAGCAACAACAGCUUUUCCGGGUUGAUACCGGUCAGCAAUGGCGGGAAUCACACUUCCCUUACCUUCUUGGACUUGUCCUUCAAUGAAUUCACAUACACAAUUCCCCUAGGAAUCGGAUUGUGUUCGAAGCUUCAAACUUUUCGGGCAGGCUUCAAUGACCUCAAUGGUUCUCUCCCUGACGAAAUAUCUAUGCUUGCUGAUCUCAAACAGCUCUCUCUGCCUUUCAAUAGUCUCUCUGGACCCCUCAUUGAUGGCAUCAUGAACCUCACCAAUCUCAGGAUCCUUGAGCUUUAUUCAAACCAGUUCUUGGGAAGCAUCCCGGGCGGUAUUGGUAACCUUUUCAGGUUGGAAAAGCUGCUCCUCUACGUCAACAACUUCACAGGUGCCUUGCCUCAGUCUCUUGCCAACUGCAGAAAUCUAUCAACCUUGAAUUUGCGGCUCAACAACUUGACUGGAGAGCUCUCUGCCUUCAAUUUUUCGACUCUCCAGGCCCUCACCACUCUGGACCUUAGCAAUAACAACUUCAGUGGUGAGUUACCUCAAAGCCUCUACUCAUGCAAGUCCUUAACAGCUAUUAGACUUGCCAGCAAUCAGCUCACAGGCGAGAUAUCACCUGAAAUAGUCGCAUUAGAAUCGUUGUCUUUCCUGUCUAUCUCUACUAACAACCUGACAAAUGUCACGGGGGCUUUUAGGAUUCUGAAGGUUUGCAAGAAUCUGACCACUCUGGUAUUGUCCAAGAAUUUUUUGAAUGAGCCUUUGCCAGAUGAUAAAAGCCUUGGAGACCCUGUUGGAUUCCAAAGUCUUCAGGUUUUUGCUAUUGGGGGUUGCCAAUUCACAGGUCAAGUACCCAGCUGGCUAGCCAAGGUUAUGACUCUUGAAGUCUUGGACUUGUCGUUUAAUCUCUUAACUGGUUCUAUCCCCGGUUGGAUGGGUAGUUUGUCCAACCUUUUCUACGUAGAUUUGUCUAAUAACCUUCUUGGAGGAGGAUUUCCUAUUGCGUUCUGUGGGAUGCCAGUUUUGACAACCAAAGAGGCCGGUGAUAUGGUGGACAGAAGUUAUCUAGAGUUGCCAGUCUUUGUGAUGCCCACCAGCGCUACUAAUCAGCAGUACAAUCAACUGUCCAAUCUCCCCCCGGCUAUAUAUUUCGGUAACAACAGCCUUACUGGCAGUAUCCCUUCUGAGAUUGGUCGAUUGAAGUAUAUUCAUGUGUUGGACCUUAGUUAUAACAACUUCACUGGAAGCAUCCCGGAACAGAUUUCUAACCUCACCAACUUAGAGAAAUUGGACCUCUCCCAUAACCAUCUAUCCGGUGGAAUCCCUGCUUCUCUCAAAGGCCUGCAUUUCUUGUCUUCCUUCAGUGUGGCAUACAAUGAUCUUCAGGGACUUGUACCAUCUGGAGGUCAGUUUGAUACUUUUACCAACUCCAGCUUUGAAGGGAACGCUGGCCUAUGUGGCCCUCCAACUGUGCACAGGACUUGCCCUCAACCUCAACCAUUACCACCGGCCGGUCGAAGAUCUAACAGAAACCUUCUUAUUGGACUCACCUCCGGGAUCUGUUUUGGCAUUGUAUUUAUUGUUGUCAUGCUAGUAGUGUGGAUGUUGUCUAAGAGAAGAAUCAUCCCUGGAGGAGGGAUGGAUUUCGAGACCAUGUCUAGCCAUUCUACUGCUGUUGCUCCUGAGCUUGACAAGGAUACCAGCUUAGUCAUAGUGUUCCCAGCCAACACCAAUGAAAUCAAGGAUCUUAGUAUAACUGAAAUCUUGAGGGCAACUGACAAUUUCGAUCAAGCAAACAUCAUCGGCUGUGGAGGUUUUGGUCUGGUUUACAGAGCAACUUUGGCGAAUGGGACCAGGCUUGCUGUUAAGAAACUAUCAGGAGACUUGGGUCUGAUGGAAAGGGAAUUCAAAGCAGAAGUUGAGGCGCUGUCCACUGCCCAACAUGAGAAUCUGGUUUCCCUGCAAGGUUAUUGCGUGCAUGAUGGCGUUCGCCUGUUAAUGUAUUCAUAUAUGGAGAAUGGAAGUCUGGAUUACUGGUUACAUGAGAAAGCAGAUGGUCCUUCCCAAUUAGAUUGGCCAAUUCGACUGAAUAUUUUGAGAGGAGCAGGCUGUGGGUUGGCUUACAUGCACCAAAUAUGUGAGCCGCAUAUUGUGCAUCGUGAUAUCAAGUCAAGCAACAUCCUCCUUGACGAUAAAUUUCAAGCACAUGUUGCUGAUUUUGGAUUGUCCCGGUUGAUUCUUCCAUACCAGACUCAUGUUACAACCGAGCUUGUUGGUACCCUUGGUUACAUUCCUCCAGAGUAUGGACAAGCAUGGGUGGCCACUUUGAGAGGAGACAUAUACAGUUUUGGGGUUGUCAUGCUUGAGCUGCUAACUGGAGUAAGGCCUUUCGAGGUAAGCAAGCCAAGGGCAUCAAGAGAGUUGGUUGGCUGGGUGCAGCAAAUGAGGAGAGAGGGCAAACCAGAGGAAGUUUUCGAUCCUCUCCUGAGAAGAAAGGGCUUUGAAGAUGAGAUGCUCCAGGUUCUUGAUGUGGCUUACUUGUGUGUCAACCAGAACCCUCUUAAGAGACCGACGAUCAAGGAAGUUGUUAAUUGGCUGAAAGAUGUAGGGACAUCCCAGCAACACCAAGAUAAAGACCAGUAAAUUUUUUUUUUUUUUUUUUUACCUUUCACACUUGUUAAGAAAGUAUUUAUACGCAUACUUGCACAUAAAUAUUUUGGGUAUUGUUGCAGAAUUUCGCCACGUUACUUGUGUAAAUAAUAUUGCUUUAAAGAUCUAUGAGGCAGCUAUAGUAUUGUGUA